GAAGUCGUGCCCAUUAAAUCAUCAUAUUGCACGUCUUCAAUGGGAGCUUCUGCUGCUGCUGCUUCUUCCUCUUCUUCAUCAUUCUCGAAUCAAUACUUCUUCCUGCACAAGUAGUAUAACAAUCAAGCAGAAUUAGGGUCACGUUGAUCACAUUAACUCAUAAUUGAUAAUUCUAUUCAGAAAAUAUGGACAGCGAUGAAGAAGAUUUCGUGUUCUACGGAACACCAAUAGAACGCGAAGAAGAAAUCACCUCUCGUAAGAAGAAGGCUGUCGCUGAAGCCUCUGGUCAGUUACGAACCGCCGUCCCCUGGAAGCAAGAGGUUAGAGAUGAAGAAGGGAGGAGGAGGUUUCAUGGGGCAUUUACUGGUGGAUUUUCGGCUGGUUAUUAUAAUACAGUUGGCUCUAAAGAGGGAUGGACUCCACAGUCUUUCACAUCUUCUCGGAAGAGCAGAGCUGAAUUUAAGCAACAAAGUGUUCAGGACUUUUUGGAUGAGGAUGAAAAAGAUGAAUUGGAGGGUCGCUCCCUGGGGACGUCUAUGCAGUUUGAUACAUUUGGGUUCACUGCAGCAGAACUUGCUCGGAAACAAGCUGAGAAGGAACAAGAGAAGAGGCCCUCGGCUAUUCCUGGACCCGUUCCUGAUGAAGUAUUAGUUCCAGCCUCAGAAUCAAUUGGGAUCAAAUUACUAUUGAAGAUGGGAUGGAGGCGUGGUCGUUCAAUAAAGGAAUCAAGUGCUAAUUCUCUUUAUGAUCUUCGUAGAGAAGCUAGGAAAGCCUUUCUUGCACUUUCAGCUGGCGAUACAGCUGGAAAGAGUGCAAGUUCUGAACUGGUUGACAAUGACGUUGAGGAUGUUACAGAUCCAUCAGCUGACGAUGGUACCGUUUUUUCCAGAAGUACACCAGUGUAUGUUCUCAAUCCAAAACAGGACUCACAUGGUUUAGGUUAUGAUCCUUUCAAGCAUGCUCCUGAAUUUAGGGAAAGGAAAAGAUCACGGAUGUUGGGGACCAAGGAGACAUUGCAUCGGAAGCCUUUUCCAGUGGGUGAUAGUCUGUUUGGUUUCAAAUCAGGAAGGGUUGCACCGGGUUUUGGCAUUGGUGCUCUUGAGGAUUAUGAUGCUGAAGAUGAAGAUGUAUAUGCCUCAGGUUAUGACUUUGAAGAAUCUUAUGUUGAAGAAACUGAAGAGCCUUCUAAACCAAUGAAUGAGAAUAUAAAAUUGUUGCGUAAUAAGGAAGAUGGACUCUUGCCAGGUUUUAAGGCUGCCUCAAAUUCAGACUACCAGUUAGAAAGAUUUGGUCCUCCAGUUAUUCCUAAGGAUUUUGUCCCCCAUCAUAAGUUUACUGCUCCACUAGAUGUUGGCAACAAAAUCACUGAGGAAACUCCCCCUGAAGUUCCUCCUCCAGACGAUAAUAAUCUCAAGCUCAUGAUUGAUGGAAUGGCAACUUUAGUAGCUCGCUGUGGCAAAUUAUUUGAGGACCUCUCUAGGCAAAAGAAUCAGUCAAACCCAUUAUUUGCUUUUCUGUUUGGAGGAAAUGGUCAGGAUUAUUAUACAAGGAAGCUCUGGGAGGAAAGGCAGAAGCACAAUGAUGGCAAAAAGUGGCAAUUGGAUGGGAAAAUUUUUCAAAAUGUUAAGAAGAUGACAGCUGAGAACCGUGGCAAAAUUUUAGGGGAAAAGCCUCUUGAAAGAAGCCUUGAAGAUACAGCUGUGACUGCUGCCUCUACUGAUACCGUUAAUCUACAAUUCAAUCUUGCAGAUACAUUCACGAAACCAGUUUCAUUUGGUGAAGAUCCAGAAGUUGUGAAACCUUUCCAAGAUGACCCUGCAAAGCAAGCAAGGUUUGAACAGUUUUUGAAAGAGAAGUACCGUGGAGGACUACGCUCUAUGGAUGUUGGUGGGUCAAGUCAGAUGUCAGAAGCUGCUCGUGCUCGUGAGAGAUUAGAGUUUGAGGCUGCAGCUGAAGCUAUCGAGAAAGGUAAACAGGGAAAAGAAAUUAAUACCCCUAGUCAGUUGUUUGCAGGUGUACUACCUACAGCAGGGCUGCAGUUUACAUCUGGUGAACCAGAGCAAGCUAAAGCUAGUAAAGAAGAAUUGAUAAAAGAAAAAAGAUAUCCAAGACGGGAGGAGUUUCAGUGGCGGCCUUCCCCUAUUCUGUGCAAGCGCUUUGAUUUAAUUGAUCCUUAUAUGGGCAAGCCACCUCCAGCUCCACGACCAAGGAGCAAAAUGGAUACACUGAUCUUUAUGCCAGAUCCUGUUGUUGCUGCGAAAGUGGAAGAAAAUGUGAUGUUAGGUAAUGACCAAUCAUCACUCUCCAAGGUGGGCAGCGAGGAGAAAGGGAGGGAAAUUGUUGAUGAGGAAAUCAAGGUUGAGGUUAAUGUUGAAAAUGUUGAGAAGCCUGUUGAUCUUUACAAGGCCAUAUUUUCUGAUGAUGAGGAUGAUGAUGAGGAUGAUAGCAAUCCCAUCCAAGCAGAGGAUCCACAAAAGAAUGUUGAAGUUGUAAAUAAAACUCUAAAUCGUCUGAUAGCUGGUGACUUCCUAGAAUCAUUAGGUAAAGAGCUAGGCCUAGAGGUUCCCCCAGAUCUGCCUUACACAGAAAAUAGAGAGUGUGGAACAGCUUCGAGCAAGGAAGUUAUAAUUGUUGACAGGGAAGAAAAGGAUACAGCUGGAGUUGGCAGUAAUAGAUCCUCUGUGGGGUAUGCUGUUACUGGAAGUUUCAUGACUGCAGAAGUGGCACGAGCUUCUAAUGACAAACAAAAUACUACUGGCAGCGCGCAAACAAAUGGCAGUAGAAAGACUGAGGCUGGCAUUCCUGAGAAAAGUGGCAGGAAAGACGCAUCUGAAAAUGUAAAGAAAGAGGAGAGGAAGACUAAGAGUCCCACACGUCGGGCCCGAAAUUGGAGCAGUGGCUCCUCAGAAGAUGAGAGGAGCAGAAAACGUAGCCGUCAUCGACAUAGAAGUAGAAACUCGGGUAGUGAAACAUCUGAUUCAUCUGAUGGUUCUCGACAUUAUUCAAGGUCUGAAGGGAAAAAGAAGAGAUCAUCUCAGGAAAAGAGCAGCAGCCAAAGACAUUCGAAGCACCGUAAACAUAGACACAGAGAUUCUCCAGAGACACAGAGAGAUUCUCGUUAUGGUUCUCGAAAAGAACAUGGAAGAGCCAAGAACAGACGUCGACACAAGGAUUAAGGAAAGUUCGUCCCUUUCUCCACCUCAAUUCCAACGUAUAUUUUUUCAGAAAUUGAGCUCUGAUUAGUUUCUUUCUUCCCCGUGAUUGUAUUGCUUGGGACUAGUUCGAAAAUAACAUACAAUUGGUGUUGCCGGGAGGCAGAAUUUAAUGGGGCUUAUUUUGGGGAGGCGCCGUGAAGCUGUUUGAAACUCCAAUGUUUUAUGUGUCUACAUGUCUCGGUAGUUUAGUGCGACACUCAAACGUACACUUUCAUCUAAUAAUUUUUCUGCUUCCACUC